CCGCCGGAUUCAAAACCUUGACUUGUUGUUAAAUUUUCUGGUGAGUAUACGUAUGUCGGACAGUGACACCGUAUCAUUGCUCAAAUUCACCGAAAAUGUGCUUCAAGAUUAUCGCAGUCUUGUUUCAGAGACAAAGCGGCGGUUUAUUCCUAUUAAAGAAGCAACUGAAUCACAAAUUCCUAAAUUGAGAGCUAUCAUAAACAGUGACACUGAACUGCGAGCAGCUCUCCGGGGGUCGUGUUGUUCCUUAAUCUCUCCAUUCCUUAGUGGUUGUCUCUCGAAAAACCAGAAAAUAACAGUAUUGUGUUUAACUGCACUUCAGCGCUUUAUCAAUCAAAGGUGCUUAUCAGAGGAUGUUUCCGAGGCUGUCGUUGACACACUUUGGCAACUUGCGGAGUCGAACAUGGAGGAAUUACGCCUACUCCAAACUACUAUUUUGCUUCUCACAAGCUCAUCCUUGAUAUGUGGAUCUCAACUUGCAAAAGCUUUCACUAUAUGUUUAAAACUUCAUCUUUCGAAAUCACCUGCCACUGUAAACACGGCAGCAGCAGCUGUCCGCCAAUGUGCAAGUACUGUAUUCGACCGCGUGUUCAAGGAAGAGCUGGUCAUACAACCUAUGGAUUCAAGUAAACAAAAGGCAACAUCUGGAGUCGAUGAUAUUCAUCCUGUGAAUCCUUCGGAGUUGAAGUCUUCUGAAAGAGAUGCCUAUAUGCUCUUCCAGGAUAUUUGUCUACUGAUGAGUGAUGAUACAUGUAUUUGGUUAUGUGGCACAAUACAAAUAAAUAAAGUCUUGGGUCUGGAGCUAAUUGAAUCACUUAUCUUCUCGUAUCCUAGUUUAUUUUGUCAACAUCCUGCUUUUGCAUAUUUACUGAAAACGAAUUUAUGCCCGCUGGUGAUAAAACUAUUUUCUCCAAGUUUAAAAUUACACUCAACUCCAUUGGCUACAUCUGGCGGUGGGGGAAUAACGGAUGUUGCCUCAGCUGCAUUUGCCGCUGCAACGGCUGCACUAACCAGUGUCAGUGGAGUAGCAUCAUCGUUGUCAUCAUUAUCUGGUGCUUCAAAUGACUUGCUGAAUAGUGAAAAACCAAAUUUUGCGUUGUUCGUUCGCUUGAAACGUUUGAUCAUUGUCAUCGUUAAUCAUUACUUUCAUCUUUUGAAUACAGAAUGUGAAAUCUAUCUCUCUUUGCUUAUACGAUUUUUGGAUGUGAACAAGUUAUUGUGGCAGCGUGCAUUAGCAUUAGAAGUUCUAUACAAAAUUGUGGAACAACCGGAAUUGGUUAAGCAUAUUUGUAUUUCCUACGACAUGAGACAGCAUGCAACAAAAAUAUUCCAUGAACUCUUAAGUGCUUUUGGGCACUACAUACAAACAUCUUUAGCUAAUCCAUGUCCAGGUGAUGAAUUAUCUAAAGAUAACUCAAAUCAAACACCUAACCAAACAGUUCAUGUUGGAGGCAUCAAUCAAUCAAUGUUAUAUUAUAAAGGGAGUUAUUUUCCUAUCAAUUUACAAUCAAAAGGAAUGCUACUUGAAAUGCUUGAUCGUGGUGAACCACCAAUUUUACCUGAUGGUUAUUGUCUUUCACUAGCUGUAGUAUGCUUACGUAAAACAGUGGAUUCAUUAAAAAUCAUUAUCAAUGCUAAUGUUCCUGAAAUUAUUUGUCAUGGUGAUGAUGAAAAGAAUAAAAAGAAUGAGGAUGAUACUUCAAAAAAAUAUGAUAUUACAUUUUGUAAACUUAUUGUAUCUAAUUCAUGGUGCGGAAUAUUAUCCACGUUCAGUUUAUUACUUGAAUCAAGUGCUGAUCAUCACAUUACAUCAAAUCUUCUUCAGUCUUUGCAAAUUAUGAUUGAAUUAAGUGGAAAGUUACAUUUGGAUGAAUCUCGAGAUGCUUUCUCUCUCACAUUGUGUAAAGCUGCGUUACCAUUUUCAUUUGGACGUUCUUUAUUGGCUGCACACUCUAAAAAUCGUUUAAUAACAUCUCAGUUAUCUCCUAAUUUCAAUAGUGGAAAUAAUCACGAUGAAAUAUUUGAACGUAGUCAGGUUGCUUUAGUGAUUACUCAAGGUGCUGGUCAUACAAUUCAUAUUAAUCCACCUUCAAAUACUUCAUCUAAUCUUCAAAAUUUAUCAAAUCAGGCUACAUCUACUGGACAUACCCAAAGUGGAUCCGCACCAACUGGAAAUACAGAUUCUUUGUCAACUGGUAACAUACUACUAACUGCUAAACAUUUACAAGCAGCUUCUGCUGUUUUAGCAACUGCUCAUGCACAUGGUGAUGUUUUAGAUUCAUCAUGGAUUAUAUUUCUGACUACAAUGCAGCAUUUAGUAUGGAUGUUGAAAUUGAAAAUUGAACCAUCGGCUAAAUUAUUUUUCAAACCAGUUCAAGAAUCAAGCACUAGUCAUACAACAAUGGAAAAUGUUAAUUCAUCAAAUGCAUCAAAUGAAAAUGCUACUACUGGUACUACUACCACGACCACCACUACUACUAAUACUACUAGUAUCACUACUUCGAAUAGUAGUAACAAUAAUAACCAAGUUCCAAUACAACAUAUCUCUGUGACAACACUUUUCUCAGUGACAUCUGAAUUAACAUCAUUAUCAUCAAUGCUUACACAGAUUUUUGUCCAAUCGAAUAAUUUGAGUGAAGAUGCUUUAAACAAUUUCAUCUCAGCACUUUGUUUCCUUUCAUCGGAGGCAUUAGAAGCAGUGAAAAACAAUCGGGUAUGUUCAUAUUUUAUUUUUGGGUAA